AUGGUACCCGUAAACGAAAUCCCCGAAUCGGCUUCACUAAAGGCUCCAGAAUCUCAGUCUACCACUGAACUCGUCGAAACCUUUGCAGUAGUAACAAUGGCAACAGAAGAAAACACCAAAGAAGCUUCUCCUCUAGUUUCAAGUGGGACUUUGGAUCUUGGUUUAAAGCCUGGUGGGGCUGAUGCUCCGGUGAAUAUUUCCAAUGAACCACUCGUCGUGACACCAUCUGAGGCUGAAGAGGAACCCAUGGAUCAAAACUUUGAAGGCCACUGUGAAGGCGAGUCUCCAGAUGGGUGUUGUCUGCUUACUCUUAGCUUCGACAAUGUCUUUCGACUGUUUGACUUUCCACCAGCCCUGACGAAUUCCGGCGAAAAGUUUAGUAUCGAUACGGAUCCGCUGACUACAGAGAUUGGAGAAUUUACAUCACCACAGAGUGUGGCUUUUUCCACAGAUGGCAGACUUUUAUACUGCGGUUUCCGUCGCUACAUUCAAGUUUUUCAUGUCGAUAGACCUGGUGCUCGCUCGGAACGUCGACCACCACUAGGACAGCGAUCAAAGCAAGGUGGAAUAUUCUCGGCACUAUCGGCGCCGGUGCUGAAUGGUGUCAGUUGUGGUAGUGCUGAAAGUGUCUACGCGGUUGGCACCUUCGGCGGCACGGUAGCCGUCUACUCGGAGUCAGGAGGUGGCGAGGCCGUCUCGCCCAUCCUCCAGGGACCCCGAAGAGGCGUUAGCCAGGUCCAAUUUGUCACUCCAGCUUCCGGGGUGGUGCCUUGGUACCUCAUUGCUGGCGGUCGUUCGGACGGAAGCGUGCGUCUAUUCCUCUUUUUGCGAUGUUGUUAA